ACUGAUGCCAGAAACCAAAGUAUUUACGUAAUUAUUGCACUGGAGCAGAGCAUGGGUCAAGCCGAGAAUUUGCUAAAAAGCUGUAUUUGAAUCAUGGAUCUUUCUAGUAUUUUGCGAUGGGACAGCUAUAUAUUGCACUUUUCACUUUAGCAGCUUUAUUAUGCAUUUUCAAAGGAAUCUUUGCUAAUUAUUCUAGUAGUUCUUCCAAAGAUUUUUCUGAGAGUUCUGAUAUCACUACUCAGAGAAGAGAAAACAAUGAAACACGACGGACGACAGCUUUAUAUCGAUUACGUGUCAGAGCAAAGCGUAGUGCUGGGUCGACGGCCAACAAGGGAAAUGGAACAGUUGAUGGAUGCCCGACGGCUUCUUCUGUACAUGCUCCAGAAAUACUGUAUAUUUUCCUGACCCUCAUUAUUGGCGCUGUUGCGAAAUACUUCUUGAAGUUAACCCGUCACCGAUUUGUUCUUCCGUACACGGUAUUCGUCCUGCUGCUGGGAUGCAUCUAUGGAGCCGCAGCGCAGCCAAGCUGUGCUAUCAAGAUAUUUUCCAGCAUAGCGCAAACAGAUCCCAACGUGAUCUUGCUGAUUUUCCUGCCGGCUCUUAUUUACGAAGCAGCAUUCUGCAUGAAGACCUACCUGUUUAAAAAACUGUUUUGGCACAUUGCGCUCAUUGGAACAGUUGGCAUGGCUAUCAACAUUGUUGCGGUGGCGUACAUUAGUACGGAAGUGUUCGCUACUACUCCUGGAUGGACGAUACAGACGGGAUUGUUGUUCUCGGCGAUAGUCAGCGCAACUGAUCCCGUAGCAGCAGUUGCCUUAUUACACGAGGCAGGAACGGCAAAGUCCCUUAUGAUUGUCCUCGAAGGAACGUCUCUGCUAAGCGAUACAUCGGCCGUGGUUUUGUUUAAUCUAUUCCAGAGUCUUAUGCAUCUAACGAAAGAUCCACAGUCUGACACCAUGGAUAUCUUACACCAAGUUCAGGUUUUUGCACUGAAUAUUUUUGGAGGUCCAGCUUGGGGUCUGUGCGUGGGCUUUCUGCUUACGCAGUUGUUAUCAAGAAUGAGCAGUGUAUGGGAAGCCGAACUCAUUCUUAUCUUAAGUGUGCCGUACUUGGUGUUCUGGAGUGCCGAUGCCGGUUUCGGUAUAAGUGGAGCGCUGGCUACUGCUGUUCUGGGAUUGUGGAUGAGCUCGCACAGAACCAGUAUUAGUCCCGAUGUCGAAGUCCUUGUUAAUCGUAUUUGGGAACUGGUGGCACUCAUUUCGAACACACUGAUAUUCAGCUUAGUUGGUAUAAUAAUCAUCGAUACGACAACAAACCACGUCACCCAGAACGACUGGAUCCUCUUGAUAAUUAUCAAUAUCUUCAUUCUGCUGGUCAGAGCGGGAAGCUUCCUGAUUUUGAAACCGAUACUCAUGCGAUUCGGCAUUGGGGCCAAAGUUUUCACAUGGUCGCACACCUUUGUUAUGAUCUGGGCCGGGUUCAAGGGGGCAGUGACGUUAGCAUUGGGGAUUCUGGGUGCCAAGGAUUAUCUGUUCGAUGACUACCUGGAAGUGAGAUCCCGCUUACUCUUCCAUACAGCGGGAGUGGUAGCCUUCACAUUGCUCUUUAAUGCUACGACAAUGCGAUUCUUCUUAAAACGAUUAGGAAUCCUGGACAUACCAUUGUCAAAAAUGAUCACAAUGCACAUGGCGCUCAAGCAGAUUUUAUUGACUCGGCAUCAAAAGUUAGAUGCUUUAAAAACCGACCGAUACCUGGCCGAUGCCGACUGGCAAAGAGUGGAAGACUUGACCAAAGUGGAAGGCACUCACUAUGGAAUCGAAGACGAUGGGCAGACCUCAUUGUGGACCAUUCAUUACGUGACCAGGGAAGUGAAUUGUCCGAACUGCCAAGCCGAGGUCCAGCUUGAACCACUGCCAAAUGAAUUAGAAGAAAUGGAAAACAUCGGGCGUUUGCGACUGGUUAAUGCCAAAAAGACUUCUUAUUGGCGACAAUACGAAGAAGGAACGCUUAGCCAAAGCGGAAUCAAGCAGCUCGACUAUAUUUCCGAAACGGUACUGAACGACGACAAAGGUGUAAUCGGCCAGAAGGAGAUUAAAAGAGUUUUGGAAAAUGAGAACUGGACAGCCAUGAAACACCGGGUUUCCAGUUUUUAUAACUGGAUCGAUAAGGAUAGUCAACAAGUGGUCGAACCACCCCCUUCAGCAUGGCGACGUGUAUUUUACAACAUUGCUCAGAGCGCCAUCUUUAAGUACUUUAUCUAUUUCAUCAUUGUGCUCAAUGUCGUGGAGACCAUCGCUGAUUGGACAAUCCGGCAAGAUACGACCACUGCAAAUUCCACGACCGAUUCCACUUUGAGUGUGACCAGCACCACUGCUUCUUUCGCACCAAGUACGCUGACAACCUUGUUGGCUGUAACCAGUGACUCGACCGUAAAUACUGAUUCAACCACAACGGUACUUCCCCCGGCGCAAAUUACUCCCCACUUGGUGUUCUUGUAUACCAACCUGGGAUUUACCAUAAUCUAUACAUUGGAAGCUAUCAUAAAGAUUACUGGGCUUGGAUUUCGGGGCUACUGGGGCAAAGGAUAUUUUCUAACAUGGAACCGCUUCGAUUUCCUGUUAUUGCUGUUGACCUAUGUGGAUGUAACGAUGGACUUCCUAGCCGAAUUUAGCACUGGACAGAUUAAGGGCGUGGCCCAAUCCAAACCCUUCUCAGCGAGCCUCAUUCGGAUAUUCAGGUUUUUCCGGCUGAUUCGUUUCGGGCGAGCAUUACGGCUUAUGAAACCAUUGGUUCCACCUAUUGUCCGCUUCUUGGAUCGCCGUAUUAGCAGUCAUCUGUUCCUGGCGUAUGAUGUGGCCAAAGCAUUCAUCGUGGCACAGGAAGAAUGUUCCCUUAUGGUCCCUGCUGUGAUUGGAUACAAACCGCUGGCAAUAAAGUUCAAAGUCCAGGCCGAUGUCGAUUGUCGGGUCAUACUGAAAGAAAUGGGAUUACUCAAUGAACAGCGCCCUGAUGUGGCAGCGGCGGUGAAGACCAGGCAGGCCAUUCGGUCUAUCCUCAACCAUCUUCACAAGUCCGUGGAACACAUGCGCAACCAAGGAAUUCUAGACGAGGAUGAAGUUAACCAUUUGCAAGCGACGAUUGAGGACCGUUUGAAACGGCUGCACCAAUUCCCGCACAGCAUCGCUGUUGUACGACCUUUGGAUCGCUUAUGGAACGUGCCAUGGAUUAACGGAAACAUCGAAGCUUUCAAAGUCAUGAAAAUCCUUUUCGAAGAGCGCCAUUACGAUACUGCCACACAGUUGAUGACGGCCGACGAAGAAGCAGACGGUGUCUAUGUCGUGAUCAGCGGCGUCAUUUCGCUGAGUUAUCCGAAAUUCUAUUCUGAUAAUGUGGAACUUGGCGAGAUAUACAAUUCCGAUAACUUGAAAACGACUUCCGAAGACUCUGUCAGUGCUGACGAAAUGCGGUUAGAUUAUGUGCUGGCGGGAGGACUGCUGAACGAACAGUGCCUGGCGCUGGAUUUCCCUCGAAGGUCACACGCCAUCAGCGAUACGGUCGUCAAUCUUCUCUAUUUGGAUAUGGAAUCUCUGUUCCGGACUUUAGCCACUCUGCCGACUCUUGAAGCUAGAUUUUGGCGACGCAUCGCAUCGGCGGUGGCGCUGAAUAUCCUGAUAAAAGCCGGCUCGAUAUCGGAUUCGACGUAUGAGUCGGAAAAGGCACGUUUGGCUCGAGCUGCUGUUCGUCUGGUUCGCCCCCAUGUACGAAUAACUGGUUUGGAAGAAUUCGAUGAGAUAUUUCUGAUAACCGGAACUCUCACUGAUAUGACCGGUGAGGACGAGGACGACGAUGGCGAAUACAUCAUUGGUCCACGAAAAGUCCCCGCAUCUUUUCGGGAAGUUCAAGUUACGCAAGGACGAAAAGAAGUUCGCUCGAAGGACGGCGAGCUGAUCUAUCCGGAAUACGCUGUGCUGUUCUUGGUGCCGCCUAGCGGCCGUGACCUUUCGAUGAUCAACAUUCACGACAGCCAAACGCACAUGCUCCAACGCCGACGCACCAAUCCGGCUUUGGUUCAGGAACUAAUUCGCAAUUCUUUAGCUGGAAAACCCGGUGGAAUCUCCACAGAGCCUUCUCCUACCUUCGUUCCGUCACUACCUGAGACUGUGCCCGAAAUAGCGCAAUCUCAGCCUCUUACCGCCAGCAAACGACGGGACAGCAACCUAGGUGAAAUGAUUCAGUUUGGCCGCAGGCCGACCUUAACGGGGCCUCUGGCCAUCUACGGCCUGCUGGGACACAAUCAGACCGAGAGCUAUGAGGAAUCCGAUGCGAUGGUACCGUUUCCAGAAGAGACUGUGCCUUCCAAGAAGGAUUUAGAGGAAAUGUCGACGAGGUCUAAUCAAAGCGGAAGGGCGGUUGCAGAAGAAGGUACGGCAAGCGGUGCCGUAGAGGUGGUUGUCAAUGGGCCGGUUGUCGAGUUCGCUCCACCGGAACCGCAACGUUUCGACGAACAUAAGGGGACAACUCAAGAACAUGGCCGGGUGGCUGCACGUGAGAAAGGUCAUAAAUGGUGGCAUAAACGUGCAUAAGUGGCUGCAAUUGUCGAUCGUGCUCCUCGGUUUUCAAACUGGCCGCGUACAUUUGUUUCCAUUUUGUUGCCAGAAAACUGGACAUUGUGAUAACUGCUUUUUCUAUUAUGUGACCCUCACACACCUUGGUUAUUGUAUUUUUUAUUCAGUAUUUUUUAUUACUAGCCGUAACAGUGUAGGUAAGUAAACGUUUUGUGAUAGAACUCUAAUGAUUAGAAGCAUGUUUUAUCUUUGUUCUUUUCGAAAGACUAUAGCGUCGUCCCUUUCUCAUUCUUCCCGUUAAAGUGAGGUAAAAGUGUCUAACAGUUCCCCAAACGGGAUGUUUUUGGUGUUUAAACCAAGAUCAAAACGCGAUCAGGCCCACGACAACUGCAAUAACUUGAAU